AUGCCACAGGGAAUCACCUUAAUGCUGUCGCUGGAAUGUGUCCGUUCAGGUACCAAAUAUCCAACGCAUGUACAACAUGCCGCCAUCAUGAAAGCUCCAGCGGAAACUUCCCCAUCAAGCAUCUCACAGCGGACGGGCGGAGUCCAAACUCUGGUGCCAAACUGGUGUCAGAUCCACCCAGCACAGCCAGUUUCCCACCACAUCCCCUUAAAGGCUCCCAAGCACAGCAGCUCGCGUGCUGUGGUGCAGCAUGCCAUGUCCUUGUCCAUCCUGGCUGUCGAUGAAGAUGAAGUCUUGUCACAGCAGCCGGUAUACAGGCUCGGUACUCUGCUCCUUCCUGGUGCAGCUCCUGCCUACCCUGGUUCUUUCCAACAUAACUUGAUCUGCCAUGAGGGCAACUACCUUACCCAGUCCCUAAGAUACGGAAGGUUGUGUGUUCUUUCGAAGCUCGGCAAAACGAGACAGUACUGUCAAGUGUCCUGGACAUACCUCUCCCGAGCCAAGCUUGCCACGCGCCAGAGAAGCGCCGGUGACUGGACUUUGCUACUACGACAGCGCUACACCCCCUGCCACUUUGACUUUAGCCACCAAGAUGCAGAGCCUAAAGGAGCUGGGAUGGCGGCUGCAAACACAGCCAGUGCUCUGAUGCUUCGGGAUACAGAAGAGAAGAGGCCAAGGAGCGGCUGGAGUACUCGUAGUUGCACAAAAAUCAGCCUCGCCUCCCAUGUCCGAGUACAUUCAUGGCUAGGAGCUCUCGCGAUUAGAGUGGACACACACCAUGAUGCGGAAUUUUCACCUCGUGGCACAUCCACGCUCCCUAUCUCGGCCACCCACCACUCCUCUCUGGCAGCCAUUACCCUUCCCCAAAGAGGUUGGAUCGGGCUCUCGGAGCCACCAACCCCACCGUUCCGAGCCUCCGUCCGUCGCGGAGCUUUGCCUGUUUCAGGACCAUCACACACCUCAGCAGCAGCCUGUCAGUCCUCCAUCCUUGCAGGUCUACCCCAGUCGCAGACUCAGGCGAGCCAGCCUAAACCCAGGCUGGGCGCUGUGGCUUUCAUCAACCCAUUUCGCUUAUUUCGGCGCGUUGAUUUGCCAUGUUGCUUCGUUGUCUGGUCCAGCUUCACAACCACAUUUGUCUCAGAACAGCGAAGUACGAGUACAGCUGAGGAAAAACAGCCCGUCACCUACGAUGAAGCGCCACCUCUAACUAUAUCCAAUCUAGUGGCCGACUGUGGUUUUACUCUCGACCAGGUGCAAGAAGAGUCUGGUCCUGCAACCCCUACCACCCCAAUUCAGCUCUGGAUCUCUAGCAUCCGUGUCCCGGUACGAAAGAGUUCCACGGAGCAGAGCUCCGGACGACGUGUCUCACUCACGUGUAAUCCUUUCCGGGUUUUGUUUCGGCGCUGGCUUACAUCCGGGUCCACCUCCAAAUCUUUUGGACGAAGUGCAUCCCGACAUCAUAUGCAUGUCUCUGUUUUCUGUUCAGUAGACGGCAGGGCCAUGCACGAUCUCACAAAUGUGGACCCGCUGAAUGAACGUGCAGCACGCGGUUGCUCUAUUUCCUGCUCCUUAUCUUACAAGCUCUCCAACACUGCCAAGUUCGCAGGUUACUCUGGAUCGGCAGAGCAGACUAAUUUGGUCGGGGGUGCUCCCUCCAAGCGGCCUCCAAACGACUUCCUUUUAGACAAAGUGUUAUUACUAUACGAGUACUUGUCUGGUCAAAAAUGGAAGAAAAUAUUCUUGGUCCCAAGUGUGGUCCAUCAUCAGAGUGAGACAGAAUGAGAGCCAUCAGCCUUACAAGCUCACUGGUCCCGAGUGCUUGGAAGUGAUGGGGCGCUAAUCGCUGCGUCUCCCCAGCCGCUGUUACACUGAGAGCCGAACAUAGGCAGGGAGAAAGGGCUUAAAAAAGAAAAUAUGGCGCGGCAGCGGCGGCGGUGCCGAACAGAGCG